UUUAACAAAAAUGUUUUCCACUCUAAGGCUUCGACUUAUGACAUUGACCACUAGUUUCUAAAUUUUAAUUCUCCCAAAGGGUACAUUUACAGUCGAUACUUUCUCUUUCAGAACGUAUCCGGAAAUAUAAGGGGUGUGAGUCCUCGUCUAUGCGCCGAAGAAAAAACCUCGAAAUCAUAUUCAACAACACGUCUAUCAUACCUUUCAAAUGGCGCGGCAAAUACCUCUGCUUCUACUGCAGCAAAGACAUUACAGAAUACUCAGAAUUGAGGAAGCAUACCAAAUCACACGGAGAUUGCUCCAUAAGGGACCAUUCGCUGAAGGUUCUCAAAGGAGGUCAGAAUAUGGAGAUCAAAAUUGAUGUUUCUGACAUUUUCUGCGAGUUGUGUAGCGAGCCUUUUCCGAAUUUCGAUGAGAUCAUCAACCAUCUAAGCGUAAAACAUAAGAUAGAGUACGACAAAACAGUUGAAAUGGCCACUGAAGAGUACAAAUUGGUCGACCUAAGCUGUCUAACUUGCCACGAAAAGUUUUCCUACUUCGGCUAUUUAGUGUCUCACGUGAACAAUAACCACCCGAAAAACUGCCUUAUUUGCGACAAAUGUGAGCAGAAAUUUAACAAAAAACGCGACUUAUUUUCUCAUAUGAAGAACUAUCACAGAGAAGGGGGUUACAAGUGCGAAUUUUGUCCGCAAACCUUCAGUUCUUUGAACAUAUUGAGAAAACAUAAAAGCAAUAGGCAUUUGACUCGUUGUAACAUUUGUCAAUUGAAGUUGCCGUCAGCUGCUUUGAAGCAGAAACAUAUAGAGCUAGAGCACCCUGAUGAUGGGUCCUUACAAUGCGAUAACUGUUCCAGAGAGUUCCAUACUAAGCAAGGACUCAAAAUGCAUGCUAGAAAAUGUAAGGGGGAGGAAGAAUUGUUUGAAAUUUUGAAAAAAGAAGACUUUGAUGCUAUGGAUCUGGAUCAAAACUACGAAAGUCCGAUCAAAAGACCAAGUGUCAAACAGAUUAGAGAGAACAUAGUCAUAGUUAUUAAUAUGUCGACGGCGAUACCCUUCAACUUCUACAAGAAUAAGUUCAACUGCUUCUAUUGCUCAAAAGACUUCCAAGACUCGGACGCUAUGAGAGAACACACUAUCAUGGAGCAUCCUGUCUGUGACGUCAAGGAAAAGUGCAUCAGGAAAUGCAGGGAGUCAGUGGCUUGUGUCAAAAUAGAUAUAUCCUCCUUAGCGUGCAAGAUCUGCUUCGAAUCCAUGGCAGACUUAGAUAUGUUACUUGACCAUCUGAUAGCGAAACACGAAGCCAACUACGACAAGUCAAUAGCGACUUGUCUUCAGCCUUAUAGGCUGAUCAAAGACCAUAUGGCCUGCCCGAACUGUCCUGGAGAAGUAUUCCGCUUCUUCGGUACUCUGCUCAAACAUAUGAACAACGAACAUACGAACAAUAACAUUAUAUGUGUUUAUUGCGGCCAAACAUUUCGCCGGGACCAGAAUCUCAGGGUCCACAUUUGGAGGCAUCACAGAGAUGGACGGUUUAAGUGCAACAUAUGCGGUGCAGAGUGCAAUAUCCCCUCAAGACUCUACAUGCAUAUGGCGAAAGCUCAUGGGGUUAAAGCUGCGAAGUGUCCUAAGUGCUCUGAGGCGUUCUCCACACAAUACUUGCGACAGAAACAUCUGAUAGAAGCCCACGAUUCUGGUCACAAGUGUACCUAUUGCGGGAAGCUCUUCACGAGAAACUCCUUCAUGCGUGAUCAUAUAAGAAGGACGCAUUUGAAGGAGAAGAAUGUUGAAUGUUCUAUCUGUAACAUGAAGUUCUUCAACAACAUUCUUUUGAGAAGACACAUGGUGAAACAUAGCGGGGAGAAGAACUUCCAUUGUGAUAUUUGUGAUGAAACCGAUACCGAUGAGGACGUACCGUCGCGACGUCGCAGGAAAUCCUUGCAGACAUUAUUUAAGUACACGAGUAUCAUACCCUUUGAUUGGCAGGAGGAUUUCGCGUGCUUCUACUGCGACAAACGACUAAAAUCGUACCAGGAGUUGAAAAAACACACGAAAUCCCACGGAGGUGCUAUAGAAACCGUCUUGCAAAAGCUUAAAUCGAAAACGGACAUCAAAAUCGAUGUGUCUGAUCUCGCUUGUGAGAUAUGCGAAAGAUCUUAUAGAAAUGUCAGUCAAAUUACCAAUCAUAUGGUAGAGGAACACAGUCUCAAAUGCGAUAAUCGUGUUCUGGCUAGUUUUGAAAAGUAUAAACUGUCCGAUUUCUCUUGUACAGUGUGUUAUGAUAAGUUUUUGGACUUUCCCCAGUUGGAAAAGCACGUAAGCGAAACACAUCCGAAAAUCUCAUUCAGUUGCCAAAAAUGUUUAGAUACAUUUGAAUCUCAAGAAGAUUUAGAAUCGCAUAUGGAAAGAAAGCAUUUUAUACUAAAAAAAGACGAAUCUAGGAUAAAAUGUCUCGUAUGUCCCAGUUGCCAUAAAGUGUUCACUUCGAAAAAAGGUUACAAGUUGCAUAUUAGCAAAAUCUGCAUCAAGGUCGAGCCUAAAAUGGAGUUUACGGAAGAAGUUGUGGAAAAGAGGCCGAACUUAAAACUCCUUAGAGAAAGCAUUGCUACAUUCCUCAACAUGUCUACAGCCAUGCCUUUUAAAUUCUUUAUGCAAAAGUUCCGAUGUUUUUACUGUUCAAAAGAUUUCGUCGACUUCCAGGAUUUAAAAGUUCAUACAGGAAUCGAACACACGUAUUGCGACCCAAAGAGUCGACUUAUGAAGAUGAUCAAAGGGAACUGUAUUGUCAUCAAGGUAGACAUAACCUCUUUAUCUUGUAAAGUUUGUUGUGAAACUAUCACGAGUAUACCCGAUAUGAUACACCACUCGAAGACGAAUCACAAAGCCAAAUACGAAGACUCACUUACUCAUAUACUGCAGCCGUUUAAACUUAUGAAGGACAGCAUGACUUGUAUGUUUUGCGGUGACGUCACGUUUAGAUACUUCUCGAAACUUCUAGAACACAUGAACGAGUUUCAUUCGAAGAACAAAAUCAUUUGCUCCUUCUGCGGCAUGACUUUCGGCAAAGAUCCGAACUACAGGUCACAUUUGAAACGUCAUCAUAAUCCUAACAGCCUUAAAUGUAAUGAUUGCUUUUUGGAAUUCGACAAUUUGUCGAAGCUUUCGAAUCACCGCGCGAAGUUACACGGAGAGAAGUCCUAUAAAUGUCCGGAAUGUUUCGAGACUUUUGGGACUCAAUAUAAGAGACAAAAACAUUUAAUAGACGCUCAUGGGUCAGGGCAUCCUUGUACUUACUGCGGUAAGCUGUUUACUAGGAAUUCUUUCAUGAUGGACCACGUACGGAGGUCUCAUUUGAAAGAGAAGAACGCAGAAUGUUCUGUAUGCAAAGAGAAGUUCUUCGAUAAUAUUUUAUUGAGGAUCCACAUGGUGAAACAUGUUGGCGAAAGGAACUUCCAUUGUGACAUUUGUGGCAAGACAUUUUUGUGGAAGAAGAACCUGAGAGGGCACAUGUCUUCGCACAAGUGAGGCUUGCAUUCUGUGAUAGUGUCCGUACACUAUUCUUGACAUUUGGUUAGUCGUACUUGCGUAGCAAGCUGAUUAUGAAAUCCGUCGCGAAUAUAUGAUUACUCUGAUAGAUUGUAGUUACAAAAAGCCGGCUAGAGU